CGUAUAGAGAGAGAAAGAGAGAGAAGAAGAGGCUAGACCUAUACGUAUAGAGAGAGAAAGAUGUGUCACAUGCCAUGUGAACAACAGCUGUGUCCACUCCCACCAUUUCAACUCGAGCAAAUAAUAUACUCAUAAUUCACUAUAUAUACCCAUCUUACCUUCCUUACUCCGCCUUUUGACUCCCUUUCUUCACUUUUCACCUCUCUCUCUCUCUCUCUGAAAACAAACCAAUCCUCUCUCUCCUCUCUCUCUCUCUCUCUCUCUCAUGGAAGAAGCAAGAGAGCAGCCGAACUGGUAGAGAGAAAGAAAACAGCCCAUGAUGAAAAUUUUCCAGUCUUUGAAGAUGAAAACCGAUAACAAUCUCUUCCACCACCCUUUAUACUCUGCCAAGUUUUUCUUGCUCUAUUACUGUCACAAUCUUCGGCUCACUAUACCUGUAAUCUUCUUCUUCUUCUUCUUGUUCAUGUCUCUUACAGCCCCACAAGUUUCCUCCGCCGCCGCCGAGGAGAAUGGCAUCGUCGGAGACUCUCAGCAGCUUAUUUCCUUCAAGAACUCACUCUCCAACCCCAAUGAACUCAUCAGCUGGCAGCCCACCAUUUCUCCCUGCAAUUUCCAUGGCGUCUCCUGUAAGAACUCCAGGGUUUCCUCCAUUGACCUCUCCAAUUAUCAUCUCAACGCCGACCUGUCGAAAGUCGCGAGCUUUUUGCUUCCUCUCCAGAACUUGGAGUCCCUUGUGCUGAAAAACGCAAACAUAUCCGGCCCAAUCUCUUCUGUUUCAAGAUUGUCUUGCACUGCUCUCUUGAAAUCGUUAGAUCUAUCUGAGAAUGCGAUUUCCGGGCCUGUGACUGAUAUUCCAGCACUUGGAGUUUGCUCCGGUUUGGUUUCUCUCAACCUUUCCAAGAAUUCAAUGGACCCUUUUGUUAAGGGAGGUGGAAGACCCUCUGGGCUGUCUUCGUCCUUACAAGUUCUUGAUCUUUCUUACAACAAUAUUUCUGGUGAGAACGUUGUUUCUUGGCUUCUGUCCAGUGCGUUUUCAGGGCUGCAGUAUUUGAGCCUGAAGGGUAACAAAGUUUCCGGGGUUUUCCCUGAAUUCAACUUCAAGAAUUUGUCGUAUUUGGAUCUUUCCAUGAACAAUAUCUCGACCAAUUUCCCCAAAUUCAGCGACUGCUCCAGCUUGCAACACUUGGACUUGUCUUCCAACAAAUUCUUUGGUGAUGUUGGGAACUCACUUUCCACAUGUGGGAAGCUGAGUUUCCUUAAUCUCACCAACAAUCAGCUAACAGGCGGAGUUCCAAACCUGCCAAGUGGGAGCAUACAGUUUCUGUAUCUCCAACAAAACGAUUUCCAGGGCGUUUUCCCUCCUAGUCUGUCUGAUUUCUGCACAACCCUUGUGGAGUUGGAUCUUUCCUUCAAUAAUUUGACAGGUUCUCUGCCUGAAAGCCUGGCUUCUUGCUCUGCCCUGGAGCUUCUUGAUAUCUCCGUCAACAAUUUCUCUGGUGAGUUGCCUGUCGACACCCUUUUGAAAUUGAGCAAUUUGAAGACUUUGAGGUUGUCUUUCAAUAGUUUUGUGGGUGGUUUGUCUGAUUCUUUGUCAAAGUUGGUGGCUUUGGAGACUUUAGAUGUGAGUUCCAAUAAUAUCUCCGGCCUGAUUCCUUCUGGGCUCUGCCAAGAACCUAGGAACAGCUUGAAAGUGUUGUACCUUCAGAACAAUAUGUUCACAGGCCCAAUACCAGAAAGCCUGAGUAAUUGUUCGAAUUUGGAGUCACUUGAUCUCAGUUUCAAUUACUUGACUGGAACAAUCCCGCCUAGCUUGGGUUCCAUGUCCAAGCUGAGGGAUGUCAUCAUGUGGUUGAAUCAACUCCAUGGUGAAAUCCCACAAGAGAUUAUGUACUUGAAGAAUUUGGAGAACUUGAUUCUUGAUUUCAACGACUUGACCGGAUCGAUACCAGCUAGUCUUAGCAACUGUUCUAAUUUGAAUUGGAUUUCUUUGUCGAAUAAUCAGUUGAGUGGGGAAAUACCAGCGUCGUUGGGCCAGUUAGCCAAUCUAGCUAUUCUGAAGCUUGGGAAUAACUCUUUGUCUGGGAGUAUUCCGGAAGAGUUAGGGGAUUGCCGCAGCUUGAUUUGGUUGGAUCUCAACAGUAAUUUCCUGAAUGGGACGAUCCCACCGGCUCUGUUCAAGCAAUCUGGCAACAUCGCUGUUGCGUUGCUUACUGGGAAGAGCUAUGUGUAUAUCAAGAAUGAUGGCAGCAAGCAGUGCCAUGGAGCUGGGAAUUUGCUCGAGUUUGUGGGCAUUAGACAGGAACAGUUGAACAGAAUUUCGACCAGGCAUCCAUGCAAUUUCACUAGAGUUUACAGAGGAAUCACUCAGCCAACCUUCAAUCACAACGGGUCAAUGAUCUUUCUCGACCUUUCUUACAAUAAGUUGGAAGGUAGCAUCCCGAAGGAGCUCGGUUCCAUGUUCUACUUGUCUAUACUUAAUAUGGGACACAAUGAUCUCUCUGGUCCAAUUCCCCAAGAGCUGGGGGGAUUGAAGAGUGUUGCAAUCCUUGAUUUGUCCUAUAAUAGGUUGAACGGGACGAUUCCACAGUCAUUGACGGGCCUUACGUUGCUAGGAGAUAUUGAUCUCUCGAACAAUAAUCUCUCAGGAAUGAUUCCAGAAUCGAACCCAUUUGAUACGUUUCCUGAUUACAGAUUUGCAAAUAAUUCCGGCCUUUGUGGAUACCCCCUUCCGCCUUGUGGCUCCGCAUUAGGCACCGGAAGCGGCCAGCAUCCAAAGUCCCAUCGGAAACAAGCAUCACUGGCAGGUAGUGUGGCAAUGGGGUUGUUGUUUUCACUCUUCUGCAUAUUUGGUUUGAUUAUUGUUGCUGUUGAAACAAAGAAGAGGCGGAAGAAGAAAGAGGCUGCUCUUGAGGCCUAUAUGGAGAAUCACUCCAACUCGGCAACGGCACAAAGCAACUGGAAGCUUAGCGCUCGUGAUGCGUUGAGCAUUAACCUUGCGACCUUCGAAAAGCCUCUAAGGAAGCUCACUUUUGCUGAUCUUCUUGAAGCUACAAACGGCUUCCACAGCGACAGCCUUAUAGGCUCUGGUGGUUUUGGCGAUGUGUACAAAGCGCAGUUGAAGGAUGGAAGCAUCGUAGCCAUCAAGAAAUUGAUACAUGUGAGUGGUCAAGGCGAUCGAGAAUUCACUGCCGAAAUGGAAACAAUCGGGAAGAUCAAGCAUCGGAACCUUGUUCCCUUGUUGGGCUAUUGUAAAGUGGGCGAGGAACGGCUCUUGGUCUACGAGUACAUGAAGUACGGAAGUCUAGAAGAUGUUCUGCACGACAGGAAAAAAAUUGGGAUCAAGCUAAACUGGGCGGCUAGGCGGAAGAUUGCGAUUGGAGCAGCUAGAGGAUUAGCAUUCCUUCAUCACAAUUGCAUUCCUCAUAUCAUUCACAGGGACAUGAAAUCUAGCAACGUUCUACUCGACGAGAAUUUGGAGGCGAGGGUCUCCGAUUUCGGAAUGGCAAGGCUAAUGAGUGCAAUGGACACUCACUUAAGUGUCAGCACAUUGGCUGGAACCCCCGGAUACGUCCCUCCAGAGUACUACCAGAGCUUCAGAUGUUCAACAAAAGGCGACGUCUACAGCUAUGGUGUAGUUUUGCUAGAGCUGCUCACCGGGAAGCAGCCGACCGACUCCCCCGAUUUCGGGGACAACAAUCUAGUCGGGUGGGUGAAACAGCACGCCAAGACGAGAAUAAGCGAUGUCUUCGACCCAGAGUUGAUAAAAGAGGAUCCAAGCUUAGAGAUCGAGCUUCUGCAACACUUGAAAGUAGCGUGCGCUUGCUUGGACGACCGGCCGUGGAAGCGUCCCACAAUGAUCCAAGUCAUGGCGAUGUUCAAAGAGAUUCAGGCGGGAUCCGGGCUCGACUCCGCUUCGUCAAUCGCCAUCGAGGACGGCGGUUUCGAAGGGGUGGAAAUGAGCAUAAAGGAAGGCAACGAGCUGUGCAAGCAUUUGUGAAGAUCACUUCAACCUCAAGAAUUCUUUCGAGCCAAAAGAUCCAACAUUCGAGUCUCCAAAAUUUUCCCAUAAAACUACCACCCCUUUGUACUCGUACUAGAAAUUUGUUGUACUUACACCUAGUAGUUAAACUCCAAAAAAGAAAACAGUAAAAUCUUGUUAUUAUACAUAAGAAGAAGAAAAGGUUGUCUUAACUUGUAAGAAAUUUUGUACAUAUAAUAGUUUGAGUUUGUUAUGCUUUCUUUCUAUUCAGUUAAUGUUGAUGGCUU